UGUCUAUGCCAUUUUUUCUUUUUAAUAUCCCAAUAUUCAAUAUGUCCUUCAGACCAUUUAGCAGAAUGAAUUUUACCAAAUCCACCUUCUGCAAUAUAAGUAAUAUUCUGAAAUUUUUCAAAAGGUAUCCAUUCAAGAAAUUGUUUACAAUGUAAAGCAUCGAGUUGUGAUUGUUGUAUAAAUUCAUCGAUAUUUUCAUUUCCGCUAGUCCAAUUUUUAAAGUUAUCCUUAAAUCUUUUAGCAUUACAAUGUUGACACC